UUUCAUUCAUGUGUCAUUUGUCGUACAACCAGCCGCUUUUGUAUACUUUGACACUCCGAAAUAGGCUGCUAAAGUGCGAAUGGAAUAGCGAAAAAAAGCGAACAUGGCCGCAGAAAUUAAGCCUGGUCCUGGCCUUAAUGAUAGGUUUAAUACGCCGAGGAAGCCCGUCUUGGUGUCGAAGCUUGAAGGUUUUAAUGAUGAUGUGAAUGCAGCAGUCAUUAUCCCUGGCGAAGAUGCUGUCAUCACUGUCUGCGAUGACAGAACCGUUCGAAUAUGGCUGAAAAGAGAAUCAGGACAAUACUGGCCAAGUGUUUGUCAAUACAUGCCAUCGGCUGCCACAGCUCUUCAUUUCUGCAAAGCGUCUCGAAGAUUAUUUGUUGGGCAGGAUAAUGGUAUUGUUUCGGAAUUUCUUGUGGCUGAAGAUCGCAACAGAAUCUCUCAUUCAAAAGACUAUCAAGCUCAUACAGGUCGUGUGACUUCCGUUCUUCUCUCUGAAAAAUGUCAAUGGCUUCUCAGUGUUGGCCGGGACAAAAUGUUCAAACUGCAUUGUGCUCAAUCUGGCCUCUGCCUUGGGUCUUUUGUCAGUGAAGCUUGGUGCACUGCAGUUGCUAUUGAUUCUCUAGCUAAAAUGAUAUUUGUUGGUGACUAUGCUGGUCACAUCACUAUGCUUAAAGUUGAUGAAGGUGUUGCUCAGUCUAGUAUUGGCAACAGUGGUGGUGUUGUCAGUGGUGUCAUUCGUUAUGUAACAAACCUCAAGGGACAUACUGGAAGCAUCCGGGCCCUGACUUGGGACUCAAAUGGUCAGUUUCUGUAUUCAGGAAGCUUUGACCAGCAAGUCAUAGCAUGGGAUAUUGGCGGGCAAUGUGGUACAGCCUAUGAAAUGAAUGGUCACCAAAAUAAAAUUACGGCUAUAUGCUAUGCACCAACAAGGCAAAUUUUGGUUUCUGGUGGAGAAGAUUCAGUCGUGGUUUUCUGGGACAUGAGAACAAGUCGGGUUGAGACUCCUCAGUGGGCUGACUCUGAUAUCUGUCAAAGAUGUGAUCGUCCUUUCUUUUGGAAUUUGAGAGCCAUGAUGGACCAAAGGCAAUUAGGAUUAAGACAGCACCACUGUCGAUGCUGUGGGCGAGCUGUUUGUGAUAGAUGCUCAGCACCAAGGCAUGCAAUCCCAUCGAUGGGUUUUGAAUUUGACGUGCGUGUUUGUGAACCUUGCUACAAUAAACUAAAAGGAGAGGAUCACCCUUCACGUGCAGUUUUCAUGGAGGCGAAGCACAGUAUUGUGUCAAUGGAUGUUGAUGAACCACAAAAGCGACUUUUGACUGUUGGACAAGACCAUAUUGUGAAACUUUGGGACAUCUCAGCUGUUUUGCAAUGAGCAUUAGAUCUACUAUAUAUUCUGUUCUCUCUGUUGCUAUUCAUAUGUUGUCAAGUGCUUUGACUGUGUGUGUGUUCUUGUAUAAAAUAUCUAUAUGCAUGAUGUCAUAUACUGGACUUCAAAGUUUGCCUGUAAUCUUUGCUCCUCUCUUGGAUGUGUAAGAUGAGUAAGAGUGAAGUAUGCGUGAUUGUCGAAAAGUUAAAUGUACACUUUUGCCCUUUUGGUUCCUGGGGAAUAGCAAUCCUGUUUGGCUGUGGAGAUAAUUUAAUCAGUCUAACUGAAACAAAUGCCAGAGUAAUUAUUUGAGUAUGUUGUGGUACAUUGUAGGUAUUUUCAAAACUCCAAAGAAUGUUAACUAACAAGUAAAUUUAACAAUGAACGGCUUUAAUCUUGGAUUGAGUCUGUGGUAAUUCAGAAGUGCUGGAUUAGUAUGCAUUUUGUGGACAUCAAAGUUCCACUGCAUCAAUUCGCUCACUUCUGGACCUUAUUAAAGUAAUUGGUUUUCUAUUGUUUAGUUGUUUCUUUGCAAUUAUUAUUUCUCGGAUGCAAAAUUCCAAAUAAUUCAUAGUGCAAUUUUUAAACUUGCUUCCCAGUUUGCAUGUUAUGGCCUCAGAAAAGUCUUUGACAUUUUCUCAGACUGGGUAUGUAGAGCUAUCAUCAAACGGUUCUACUUGUUGAUAACCGUCUCACUGGGAGACUCUGUGAUCUUUACAUGAAUCAUGAAUACAAUCCUUUAUGGUUUGACCAUUUGUUGUGAGCUUGUCAGCUGUUGGUGAAGGCAUGUUUCAAAUAUUGAUGUGUAGGCAGCUUAUCUCAUGACACAAAUGUUUCCAUGUCCCUAAUGUUUGUAUAGUAUCAUGCUUUAAAUUUUUUGAAUAAGACCAUUUUUUUCCAAAUAGAGCCUGUUAAAGCUGUAUUUUUUUAUAUUGUUUGGUGCUGCAUAGUCCACCCUUAAAUUUUUGUCAGUGCGAGCUAUAGUGAAUAGGUUUAGUAUUGAAGACCAAAUAAGGCAGUGCACUGAUGUACAGUGCUUAGGGAAGAAUCAUAAGUCACGCUUUAUUUUUCUAUAGCCUAUAGAUGGGCUCAUUUCUUUUUCUGUUGUAAAGUAUGUAAAUGAACAGGUUUUGAAGUUUUUAAUUUGUUUUAAUUUUCCAUCUUCUUUUCUCAGGGCUGCUUGAAGAACAAUAUGUUACCUUACAAUGUCACUGUAAUCUUUCUUUUAAAAUCUUUCUUAAAAAACCUUCUUUUAAAUCUUGCACCAACUAAAAAGAUAUUACCUGUACCAGUUCUGUGACCACAAUCCUAUUUCUGUUUAAAAAUUUGUACACUUUAUAGCCUACAACUACCAUUACCCUUCAUAACUUUCCUCAUGUUAUAUUCCAUUCCACUUUGUAAGACUUUGAUGAAAUUCUUAUUAAGGGUUUUAUACCUUGUGCAAUGUUAGUAUAUAGCAACACUUCUCGAGAGAACUCAAUGGUACACUACGGGCUGUAGUCAGUACCAAGAAAAGUCUGUAGUAAUGUCCCCACUAAAUACUUUCUUAUGUUUAGUGGUUUUGUUUUCGGUUUUAACCAAUGUUAUGUGCCAUCUGUUGAUAAAACAUUAUUUCAGUCACAUUUGUUUCUCAGCCUUGGAAUAACCAAGUCCUUAUAGUUCAUAGGUGUUGUGUUAUUAAUUGAUUAACUGUUCAAAAAUAAUAAGGUUUAUUCGCUGUAAUAAAGUUUUAAUACUUGUUCCAUUUAUGUACAGAAAUAUCUAUCUAUAUACAUUCUAUAUAAGUACAGUAGACUGAACAUCAACUAAAUAACUGCUUAUGACUUUUUUUGUUUAAUCUACAAUUUUUUCUUCAAUUUCAUUUGAACCAUAUUUUUGUUCCUCUUUAAAUUGGAUGGUUCGUACAUUUUAUUUCCAUGAAGUCUUGCCAUGGAAGGAAAUUGAAGUACUCUACAAUAAAUAGGAAUAAAUAAUAAUUGACUAGA